CACAUGCCUACUGGAAAGUCCUGAAUGCCAUUUUGUUGCUGCGUGGAAACACGAAAUAUGGGAUUUUUGGACAGGAAUAUCUUUUUGGUUUUAGGAUUUCUUGAUAUACAUGUAGUGCUUUCAAGGACCAACUAUAUGAGUGUAUAAUAAUGAAUCAAAAGAACCAAAAGAAGAUGGACAAAAAGAAGACAAAACGAAGAAAAAGCAAUGCAGGAAAACGACACGGUCGAGCUGAGCCUGAGGAAAAACCAAAAACGGUAGAGGUCAUGAACGAAAAAGAAAAACAGGACAGACUUGAGGCUGCGAGUGUUCUGUCAUCGUUAAUGUUUUUCCCUCCAAAAUCAUCAGAAGAAAACGAAAAUUCAGAAAGCGGAGGGAAAAAUGACCUAGUUACGCCCUCUACAACGGUGACCCAGUUUACAUUGCAACCAUCAACGAGUGGAAUUCCCACGACGUCACAGCCGACAUAUCUCGUGCAAAGAGGUGGGCGUGGUGGCACAGGCUCAGCAACAUUAUCAGAAAAUGCAACAAACUUAAAAAACAGUAUGAUUUUAGCACAGUUACAAAGUCAGUUGAAUCUUGCACUGAAAAACAGAAAUGUUCAACCAGUUUUUCAUCCUCAAGCCCAUGCAGUUUUGGCACAAAACAAAAAUGUAUCUGCAGUUAAACCAGGUUUAACAGCUAAAUAUGUGACAAAUGAUAAACCUGACUCCCAGAAUGUUCCUUUGACAGUGUUGAAGCAAAACCUUACAGUAAACAAAAACGUAGCAAAAGCAUUGAGACAAGUUGUUUCAAAUAACAAACUUAAAGCUGAAAUUCCACAAACAGAGAAUACGCAGAAAAAGGUGACAGGAAAUUCUGAAACAGCUUCAGCAUGUGUAACAGCUCCAAGAGAUGAGCAUGAAAAAAUGGAGUGCGAGUCACUUCCUUCCAGUCAGUGGAAAGCAGGAAGUACUGACACAAAUCUUCCGUUAAAAAAACGGCGAUUGAUUGGCAUGAAUGAUGGUUCAUUGACAACAUCUGACCUUAAUCUAAAUUCUUCUACAUUUAGUACAAACUUAGAUACUUUAACUUCCACAAGACAAAUUGAAAAUAUACUUCAGAUGGCGAAAGACUAUCCAGCAGCAAGUACAGCUGGGGACUCUACUAUGAGUCUAGUUUCAAAUUUAUCACAACCAAAAUUACAGUCAGGUGAAGGGUACCGGCCUGUACAUUUUGAUCCUCGUACGAGUCUGAUGGUACUGUCGGACCUCAAGUUUGCGCUCACUCCGGACGAAGAUGGUGAUCUGCCUAUACAUAUAGCUGUUGUACAUGAGAACACAGAGUUGGUAAAGAAGUUCAUUGACAUCAUGGCAAUCUCUGGGAAAACUGUAGACAGGUUUAACAAACUUCAGCAGACCCCGCUUCACCUGGCUGUAUUAGUGAACAAGCCAGAGAUCGUAUCUGUGCUGUUAGCAGCUGGCGCAAACCCCAACCUUCAGGACCGCAAUGGUUAUACCUGUAUGCAUAUAUCAGUGAACAAAGAACAACCAUCAUGUGUGGAUACUUUGUUUGGAGAGUCAAAAUAUCCUAUCAGCCUCAAUACUAGAGAUUAUGAAGGUUAUUACCCAUUACACUCAUGUGUGGAGCUGGAUAAUAUGGACAUGAUGAUGUCACUGAUAGCACAUGGAGCUGAUAAGGAUUGUCAAGAUGGAAAAGCUGGUAGAAGUGUGCUAUUUUAUGCAGUAGAGUAUAAUAGAGGUGGCAUGGUGCAGUAUUUAUUGGACCAGGGAGCUACACCUGAUCUUCAGAACUAUGCUAGUGUGACACCGAUGAUGACAGCCCAGGCAGCCAGCUAUGAAGACAUAGUAGCAUGUCUGAACAAAGCUCUUGACAUUGGCAACAAAUAUGAGGAUUCAUAUUUACCAUCAAAAAAGGUACCCAUUUCAAAAAUACCCAGCAAAAGUGCUCAGAUAGUCAAUAAAGAUAUGAAAGUGGGCAGACUGUCAAUAAGUGGAGACAUCCCUUUGAUAUAUCAGGAGUUUGAAACUGGGUCACAUUCUUUAUCUGAUGACUUUAAGAAAGAACCGUUGUCACGGCAGUCCUCAGUUUCCUCCCCUAUAGACCUUAGCAUGAGGCAUAGUAUGGAAUCCCCGCAACUUCCUGUUGAAAUGUCUAUAAGGGGAAAACCUGGCAGGAGAAAAACUAAAAAGGAGCUUAAGAACCACAAAGAGAAACAUCCGCAAAAAAGUAUGGUGAAAGAAAAGCAUGCGUCAGUGGUGGCUGCUCUUGAAAGAAGUAUGUUUGCAGACAAAAGUUAUUCAAUGAAAGCAAAUGGUAAAGCAUCAGAAGCAGAUCACAGACAGGUUGAAACAUACAUAAAAGUUGAAGCCACUGAUGCUGAAGAUGUUGAAAUGAGAAACAAAGAUGAACGUGAAGAAAUUGUAGAUGUUGAAACAGUUCGGACAAAAUCUUCAUCUGAGGCUUUGAGCAACUUUAUUUUAAAUCUGAAACCAGAGCAAACAAAACAAUUGGUUGAAAAAGUGAAGCAACAGCUUAGUGUUCAGAAAAGUGAUAACACAAGGUUGACACCUGAUGCUCCUCAAAUGUAUGCAGCUGAAAGUCCCAGUGAUAAUAAAAGGAACAAUUUUGACAAUUCUAAAGAAAAUGACAUGGAGAGAAUGCAUCAGGAUCUUGAAACAGAUGGUGUUGAAGGUGAAAAAACUGAAAAAGGUUUACAAGAUGAAACACCAAUGUUGACAGAUAAAGAUGAGUAUUCUGAAAUGGUUGUGUCAGAAAAUGAAAGCAAUGUUGCACAAACUGAAGAAGUUACAAUGGAUGAUGAUUGUGAAAACAGAGCUGAAAUUGUCACAAAGGAAAACAUUGAGUCGCCAGUUACUGCUGUCCAAUUUCAGUGCACUUCACAAAGUCCUGAUGCAGACCACAGUAAUGAAAGUGAUUUGGAAGAAAUUGUUGUGUAUCGCAGUCAUCUAAAAGGUGACAAAGACAAUACAGAAAACACUGUGGGAUCACCCUGUGAGAAAAAAGAAACUUGUUCUGAAAAUAUAUCAAGUGAUGGGUCAAAAUCUUUUACAUUAACUAGUGCAUAUGAAGGAGAUAAAUCUUGCAUGUUAGGGCAUGCAGAAACUAUGUCAAAAGAUACACAAGAGUCUGAUGAGGAAUGCAUUAACAAAAGAAGUGACGGCAUAAAUGAUGAAGAAAUAUCAGAUUCUGUUAUUAAAGAUGACAGGCUUGAACCAUCUAAUUCUAAAGAACUUGUUUCACAAAUAUCACAGGAAUCUGCAUCCAGCUCUUCAUUACAUGGAUCACAGGGAUUUGAAGCAAUUUUAUCUCCAGCGUUAAAUAUAAAUCCAGUCAGAGAGACAGAUGGCAGGCAGUUGGAAAAUUCAGAAGAUUCUAUGGAAGUGGAUUUCACUGGGAAUACAUCAGUAAGUAGGACAGUAAAUCGUAUUGAAACAGGAACUGAUGCAGAUGUAUCCGAUGCAGAAAAUACAACUGCAGCUGGUGAUAAUGAUGAUACAGUUAAUAAAACUUUAGAAUUAAAGAUGACGGAGAAAAAUUCAAAAGUGUCAAUGGACACAGAUGAAGAUGAUGAAGAUACUGGUUUGGUGAUAGACGAGCAUGCGUCAGGUGAUGAAAGUGUGAAUAAUAUUAAAAAUUGUGAAACAGUUACCAGAAAUGAAUCUAUAAAUGUAAGCAAACAAACUGACUGUGAAUGGAAAGAAAAGACUGUAAAUUUCCAUGUUGAUGCAGGGAAAUCUGUGGAAGUUAAAACCACUGAAGAUAAAAGGGGCUAUAGUGAAGAUUUGAAUGAAGUAGAAAAUGGUAAUAUUGGGAAACAAGUCGAAGAGAAUGUUCUCAAGUCAAGUGUUAAAGACAAGGGGCAUAUGAAUUCUGAAAAACCAGUUGAUGUGGAAAAGCAGGUUAUUUCUAAUGGUAAAAAUAUUGGAAGCUCAGAAAAAAGUUCAGAGGUUUCUGAUGGAAAAGAAUCAGCAAUUGAACCAAGACCUCAGGGAAUUCAGGACGAAGAAAAAUUGGUGAAGCCAUCAAGUGCAGGACUACAGUUAAGUCAGGGUACAGCGCCUGAUGACUUGUUGAAAAAGGGGCAGUCACAUACAUUGUACUACCAUGAUGGUGAUAGUUAUAAACCAGUUAAAAUAUUUAUUGAUAAUUCCGAGCAAUCAUCUCUUGUGCUUCAAAGGAUGUUUCAGACUGCACAAUUAUCUAAUGUUAACAGACAGACGGGUUUAAUUACCGCAGAUAACACGAAAACUGCAACCCAAAGUAGUUUUUCUGAAACGCGAACUUCGAACUCUGUGUACCCAAAUGUUACAGUAAGUCAUUUGACACCAGCAACAAAUAGAUCUGUUGUGCAAAGUGAUUUGGUAACUGAAGUCCGUGAUUAUUCAAUUAGUAAAGCCACCACGUCUUUUCCCUCUAAUUUAAAUGUUGAAACUGUGUCAGUUACAAAUAUCAGACCUUCAGCACAUGCACUAAAUGCUUUAGCAACUGAACCGUCAUUUCAACAAGCUUAUAUUAAAUCAUUAAAACACCAAGCAAGUAAUGAGGCAGCAAAGAUAAAUGGUUCCGCCAAACAAACUAAAAAACAGACAGUUCCUAUUUCUACUAAAAGUGAUAUUCCUUGUCAGACAAAAACUGUUUCACAAAACACAAAACAGAAAGUACUGAACACUUCGAAGUCUUUUGACUCUCGGACAUCUACAGUGGACAUAAAUGAACGAAACCAAAAAUUCGGGGCUUACAUAGCGACUUUGCCGCCGGGCAAAAGAAUGCCUGGAGCGGUUAACAAAUCUGUUAACUUUCUAACGGGAAAGUACACUUCUGAAGGUACAUUGACUCGAGUGAAUCCAGAUGUGAGGAAUAAACUUUCAAAAGCGUUGCAGUCUCCUCAGAGAAAAGUUGGACUUGUGAAGUCUGACUCGGACUCUUACAUUGUUAAUAACAGGGGUGUUUUAGGAAAUGUGGUUACCUCGGUGUCGGGGACAGCAAGCGCGUCGGUGACAGAUUCAAGGCAGCAGUUAUGAUUUUGAUUAAUUCGAAAUUUUUGGUGAAAGGCUGAAAUAAAACGGAUAAAUAUUUACUACUAAAGUAUGUUUUGGUGUAAUUUAAAGAUUAUGAUAGUGUACCCUUAAUGACAAUUAGCAAAUUACGUAUUCUCUGGUUUUUACGACAAGCCAUGUGUGCGUUGAGUUAUAUUUACGUCCGAUGAAUGCCGAAUGGUCUUACGAGAGUGUGAAAUCACAUGGAAAUUACAAAGUGUCAUUACGGGUCCACUACUUUAAUACAAUUACUAUUUCUCUCCUAUGUGAGCAGUGUGGUAUCAUUUGAUGCUCCUAAAUCAUGUGGAAAUUCAUUCCAAACUCGUCCAAGUUCCUAUUUUAUUUGCCUGUCGAAUAAAUUACUUAUCUAACGGAGACAAAUGAAAUCAGUUUUGUAACUUUUGCUAUAGUUAUCAGAUAGCACAAAGGUAAUACUACGAGUACCAUUUCCGAUCAGAAUCUUAGUAAUGUGUAGCUUUACUCAGGGCUUUGCUAACAAAGUAACAACUCUCAUUUUGACAUUUUCUUGUUUUAUUUUUGUCUGUAGUUUGUUGGACAUGAUUGCAAGAUCAAUACAGAUUUUAACACAUUAAAGUAAAACUGAUAUGAAGAGUGUAUGUUUUGAAAUGUAUGGUUGCUUAAGAUUUCUUUUAAUUUCCAAGUUUUUUUUUUAGAUUUUGAAGAAAUCCAACCCAGAUAGGUAAAAAAUGUAUUUUACUAACAAGCUCUUUAUUUGAUAAAGCUGUAGUUCCCAUUUAAUUAUUGCUGGAACUUUGUAUUUCGUUGAUAUCGCUCUACUCGCUAUAUUAGUGGAAGGGGAUAUAGAAUGGGAAUCUGUCUGCAUGUCAAUCACACCCUUUGUCAAAGCCAUGGCUUUAAAACCUUAACAUGGUUCCCUUCGGCACAUCGCAGCUGUGGAUUUUUAAAACCUGUAAGGGACUAAAUCAUUUCAUGUGAGAAAUCCAUCAAUCUGGCGUAGGAAGGCCGAUGGUGACAGCCAUGUCUGAAAUAAUGCCCAGAGAUGGGGGCCCUGCGUGUUCCUCAACCAUUCAGCUGGAAAAUUGUGAUAUGAAUUGUGUGUCACUUUGUGGUUUUAAACCAAACACACUAAUUCAAUUGAUCUCCCAUUUUUAUGUUAUUCUAUUCAUUUUUGCCUGUACAAUACUGGUAACUGUGCAUAAAUUGAAUACUAGUUCGGUCAGUUUAUAAUUUUGCUAAUGAUCCGUAAUAAUGGUGAAACCGGUUCGGAUUUUUUAGCAAUUAAACUACGUAUCAUAAAACAGGUAAUUUCCUUCAGUCUUUUUCCCUGCUAUACUAACCCUAUUGUUCAACAAUACAUUUUGGAUUUAUGUUGAUAGAUGGCAAUGAAUGAAAGGAAAUACAGAACUAUUACUUAAGCUUACUCCGUUUAUUUCUAAUUCACUGUAAAACACAGUGUUUGGGGAUAUACAGCCGUCUUUCAGACUGCUCUCUUGUUCAGAUGUCUUCAGGCAUUGGUCUAGAUUGUCUUUGAUUUAAUUCUAUGUACAUAUUACAUUGUCGAUAAUAAAAGUCUUGCUUUU